AUGAGGUCCCUCGACCAGAGCCACAACACCACACCAGCUCAACUGACCGAUGUCGGCGAAACUCCUUCUAUCCGUCGUUCAAUUGACGACGACCUGGUCGACAUAUUCAACAUGAUGACAGCGAAGAAAAUUUCGCUACGCCGGCUCUUAACGGAUGCCUUCAAUUCGGAUAACGAGCUCAUCCGACGGCCUGUUGGACAGUUGUACGUCAAUAAGGGUCCUGCUGACAUCGUCAAGAUCUGGACCUCGAGAUUCAGAUCCAAGGGAAAGCACUGCGAAUACGACGACUUCACUCUAUCUGCCACGGAUAUUGUCAUUGACAGUGCAACAAAUGGGCUCAAGGAACUCACCAGGAUCAAGGAUUUGCAACUCCCAGCCAACAAUAUUUCUCCCGCGACAGUCCAGAAAUUUUUGUUGCGUCUGAUUGAGAAUCUUGGACUGCUUGGCGCGUGUCAAUCCUACAUGCAGUCAAGACGCAUCAACAAUUGUUAUCGCCAUUGGCAGUAUGUUGAUGAAUCUCAGCCCCCAGAAGUCAAACUACCGACAAAUGAUGAUGGGGCUUUAUUUACACACCUUGGGGUGUCCGAAGCGCGUGAUAAAUGUGAUCGCCGCGAGUGGUCUAUCAGUGGCGCACAUGACGGUCUGUUCGGCCCUCAGAUCGUUAACGAUGCGUGCUCUCAAGGAAGUCUGCUCCGGAAUUUUGAAAACCCAUGGUACCUGGUGUAUGACAACAUCAACAUUGCGAAUCGAAAAUAUGAUCAACGAAAUUAUAAUUUGGACGCCUUCGACAGUGGAACAACUGCAAUUAUCGUGCUCGGCGAGGAUAUCGGCUUGGAUCGAGAUACAACUACCCUGCCUACCAUUGCAGACUUUCUCCCCAGUGAAAAGAGCCAGGCGCACUUCAGAGCCGUCUCUCGAUUCCAUCUGUUCGAUGCACUUCAGCGACAUUUCAUUACCUACCGACGUUACUCGACCCAAGUUCAUCCGAUAGAGCUCCCCGAAGUCAAGGAAACAAGAACAUUCCCAUUACCUACGAUGAAAAUCAACCAGUCAACCGCAGCAGGCAAUAUUGGGAUCCUUGAGACAGUCAUGAGGGACACGCUCAGAUCGCCUGGAGAGCGGUUCAACGACCAUACGAGAAUCAUUGUUGCAGGGGAUCAGCUUACGGUAUUCAGGAUAGUGUCUUUGCAGGAACUGCGUGCAGCCGAUACAACAAAUCUCAACCAGAUGCAAUGGGCGGUUCCUGUAAUGCAACUCUUCCACCUCCAAAUGGUUCUCUGUAGUACGAUCCUUCGCACUCAUUAUGGAUUCGUUUCGACACCAGGGCCAUUGGCUUAUAUUAUAUCCAUGUUGGGGCGCAAGCGCCUACGCCAAGAUACGUCGAACUUUCACGCCGCAGAUGAGCUAAUAAGGCAUACUUUCGACGCAAUGGCCAGACGACUGUGGGAGGUCGAGUUCCAGCUAGACGUCGACAACGUGGACAUGUAUAAGUGUGGACUGGAAUCUUAUUGUGAAUUGCUGAAGAGCAAAUCCGACAUACAGGACAAUGUUUUCAAGGGAGUGCAACAGGGAGAUCCUGCACCACGAAUCAAUUUGUUCAGCGAGGGCUUCGGAAAGCUGACAGCAGGAUGCUUCCAGGCCUUUGUCGAAAACAAUAUAGCAUACGAGGGUGAUGAAGACAUGGCAGGCGUUCUCGCAAACCUUGCGAAGGAGUAUACUACCUUCUAUUUCCCUGAAAACUUAGAGACGGAUGAAUAUAAUAGCUCGGAUUCAGAUGUAGAUGAAGUGUUUGCGCAACGGUGGAAAGACCUCAAAGUAAAGUCUAUGGAAGUCGAAUUUAUGAACGUGACCUUUGAACUUGCUGUGGAUUUUGGACUUUGA